AUGCUUGAAACGAUGCGCAGAAGUUCAUUGCCCGCAGUCUCUUUGAGUCUAGAGCAAGAAAAGCAAAACAAAGAACAACUCGAGGCUGCAUAUCAAAAAGAAGUGAUGAACAAUAUCACACCUCCAACGGUACGUGAAGUGAUGCCAGAAAGAAGACGAAAGAUUUCACCGCCAACUAUGAGACCACGUACUUCAAGUACAGCAGACACUAAACGUGUUGAUCAAAUGAAAGAUUUUGAAAUCACAAUUCCAAGUCCUCCGCAUCCAUCAUCAACAUCUUCUUCUCCACCAUUGUCACCAAGAACACCACAUGCUGCUGCAAAAGACAUUCGUAGCAUCAAAGCCAUUCGAUUUGGCACGAAUGUCAAGGAACUCAGUUCAUUUGCACCAAGGAUGCCAAACAACGCAAACGUUCCAUUCGCUGAUGGAGUGGUAGCUUCCCGUUCUAGAUUCACAUUGGCUGAUUUACCUGCAAAUAUUGCAAUGAAGAUGGAAUGGCCAUUGGACGUAGAAGGUUACAACGAAGAGAGAAAGUUGGCAACCAUUGGAAAUUCAUCGCAAACUUCUCUUUUUGGUGGACCAAGUUUGGUAUAUUAUCGUUCUUAUCUUGAAACGAGAGAGAAUGACUCCCAACUCACUACGGUCAAAUUGGAAAAGAAUGAAGAUGCAACUCCUGGAAGAGUUUUACUGCGAGCUGAAUGUGAAGCACCCUGUUGGAGUACAUCCAGUCGUAGAUAUGAAUCACCAAUUCGCAUCGGAUUAGGCAGAUCCGGUCCAAUCAUUUGGGAAGUCAUACCAAUCACUCCCAAAAGCAAACGUCAAACAUCAUUUUGGACAAUUGCCGAUAAACGUAAUCGUGUUCAAAUGCGUAUUCGUGGUGAAGAUGUAGAAUGUUUACGUUACAGCUUAGCAAAUGCAGAUCAAGAAGAAUAUUGCAUGUACGCUCAAACAGAAUCAAAGAUCAAACUUGUAACAAAAGAAUCACAACGUUUAGAUAUCGCUCAAUUUGAUCCUUGGGAUGAUUGGGGUGCAUUACACAUCGAUAGUAGACCUCUUGGAAGCGUUUAUCGUAAACGCGAACGUGAAGGUAUUGACGUGGCUUUCAUUGUGGCCAUGUUUGAAGCUUUGAAUGCGAUUCAAGAUGAAAAUACUGGUGGUGGCAAAGGUCGUCGAGACAGUCGUGGUAGAUUGGUCAUUCCCAAAAAGACUGGCAUAGUCAAGGUUUUUAGCCGAAUGCUGAAAAAUUGA